AUGGCUCCAAAGAAGAAAGGUGUUGUUGAAAAACCAAUUUUAUUAGGUAGACCAGGUAACAAUUUAAAAUCUGGUAUUGUCGGGUUAGCCAAUGUUGGUAAAUCGACUUUUUUCCAAGCUAUUACCAGAUGCCCAUUAGGGAAUCCAGCUAAUUAUCCAUUUGCUACCAUUGAACCAGAAGAAGCCAGGGUUAUUGUUCCAUCAGAAAGAUUUGACAAAUUAUGUCAAUUAUAUAAACCAAAGAGUGAAGUUCCAGCAUAUAUGACUUUAUAUGAUAUUGCUGGUUUAACCAAAGGUGCUCAUUCAGGAGAAGGUUUGGGUAAUAAUUUCUUAGCUAAUAUCAGAGCAGUUGAUUCAAUUUUCCAAGUUGUUAGAUGUUUUGAAGAUAGUGAUAUUAUUCAUAUUAAUGAUGAAGUUAACCCAGCUGCUGAUUUAGAAAUUAUCCAUGAUGAAUUAAGAUUAAAAGAUAUUGAAUUUGCUACCAAACAUUUGGAAGGGGUUGAAAAGCUUGUUAAAAGAGGUGGUCAAUCCUUAGAAGUUAAAAAGGCCAAAGAAGAAGUCGAAUUAAUUAAAAGAAUCAUUCAAUUAUUAGAAGAUGGUGGACGUAUUGCUAAUCAAAAAUGGACUCAAAAAGAAGUUGAAACCAUUAACUCAAUGUUCUUAUUAACUGCCAAACCUUGUAUUUAUUUAAUCAACUUGAGUGAAAGAGAUUACGUCAGAAAGAAGAAUAAGCAUUUAUUGAAAAUUAAAGAAUGGGUUGAUAAAUUUUCUCCUGGUGAUUUAAUUGUUCCAAUUUCUGUUUGUUUAGAAGAAAAAUUAGCCAAUAUGGCUUCUGAUGAAGAAAGAGAUGCUUACACCAAAGAAAUCGGUGCUGCUUCUGCUUUACCUAAAAUCAUUACCGCAAUGAGAUCCAAAUUAGAUUUAAUCUCCUUUUUCACCGGUGGUCCCGAUGAAGUUAGAGAAUGGACCAUUAGAAGAUUCUACACUGCUCCUCAAGCUGCCGGUACCAUCCACACUGAUUUAGAAAAAACUUUCAUUUUGGCCCAAGUCAUUAAAUAUAACGAUUUGAUCGAAUUAGGUGAUGAAAAUUCAGUUAAAUCUGCCGGUAAAUUAUUGCAAAAGGGUAAAGAUUAUUUUGUUGAAGAUGGUGAUAUCUUAUAUGUCAAAGCUGCCGACGGUAAAGCCCGUUAA